AUGAGCAACGAUGACUUUCAGACGCUGACUGGCAAUAGCAGCCUCCUGUCAAGCAGCCAGUAUGACAUCCCUCUCUUUCAUAGCAUCGAGGUGCCACCGGGAAAAGCGCAAGUGCACCCCGACCCUCUGUCACCACCUGCCUCGCCACAAGCCCUUGUCGACAGGACCAAGCCACGCACAAGCCUGCGAACGAAUAGGCAGAGGUACUCCAGCAGCUGGCAACGUGGUAGCAUCGAGUUGAUGAGGUCAGACUGCACCCCGGAGACCUCGAAGCUGAGCGGGCCCCCACUGAGGGAGCCUGGCGCAGACACACACGGUGACCUCUUUGGCUCAAAGGGCCCCUCCAUGUAUGUGGAUGACUACUGCGCAAGCAGCAGCAGUGUGAGUGGCAGCGGCAAGCUUCCUUUCCUCUCUGGUACGAACUCCCCCGGACAGAGUGGAGGGCUGGGCAGGAGCAGCAUCGACACGACAGUCAGUGGGAAUCUCAAGAACUUGGCCCGGAGACUUUCGGGAUCCGGUGCUAUUCAGGACUCAGUGGACGCAAGUAAACGAACCCCGUUGCCAGGGGCACCCGCCUCGCUCCUGCCUACCGCUGACACGCCUUCCGCAACGGCCAUUGGAAGUGACAGACGGUGCUCACAGGACAACAGCAGUGGCACUGGGAGCACCACUGCACCACCCGCCGCACAGCAGAGAGGGCCCACAAGCGCCGCCCACCCCGCUCAGUUUGCCUCGAGUGGUGCCACAAGCAGAGUCAUUAAAGUGUCACCCACAACACUGACGCUGCCGCAGCCUUCUGCCGAGUUUACGCUCCUCCUUGACUACCCGAUAAUCAAGGACAGAGGCUCGGCAGCGAGGUCAUCAGGACACCAACUGUCACCCCAGGCGCUCGCUUCACAGAGCUCGUUGAACCCGUCUCGCGGUGCCAGGGGGAUGGCAGGGAAUGCAGAUAGCCGGACUCUGACUCCCUUGGGGGUAGAAGAUAUCCCAGACAGGCGAGCCCGUCAUCGCAGUACGCUUGGCGGUGUGUUGGGCAGCGUGGAGCACCGUAGCUUCUCGCCCUCCUCAGGUUGGCAGUCAAGCUCCAGCGUGCUCUCAUCGUCGUCGCCAGUCCCGUGCGUCCGGACCGCCAGCGACCUUCGCAUACGCUCUGAACACCACAACUUGAAUCGCAGCGGUAGCGGUGCGGGUGGGAUGUCACCUGUACGGCAACAACGCGCUGCCUCUGAGCCGUCUCCUACGGCGCUCGAGCGAGGUCACCACGUCUCCCUCUGUCGUACAGUGCAACCCCCCGUGCAGUCGGUAUCCUCGACGCCAACUUCCGCUUGUGUGCCCGGAGUGGGUACCACAGAGAGUAGUGGAUACGGCAACAGAGAUGAAGAAGAGGCGGAUAGCUCGUCACUUGCUUGCCAGCCAGGGUACGACCUCAGCUGCGCGCCCGGUGCUGUAGAGGACAUCGCAGAGGCAAAGAUUGAUCCGCUCCACUACAACACGGACGCCCUUGACGGCGACAAGGAUGGCUACAGUAGCCUUGUGAACUUACAAGACGAGGAGGAAGAGCCGUCGGUUAUACGUUCGACAGAGAAGCCGCCCUCCGAGGUGUCUUCUCGAUCAACGACAAACCAGCAUCCCAAGAACGAGACGGCACCUGCACUCACUCCGCCGCAUGCGCCACCAAUGCCCAAGAAGCAGUUCUUCACGUUGGAGCCAGUCCGCACGAACACCUCAGCGAUGGCGAAAGGCGGAAAUUCAAAGCUGCGCUUCGAUGGUAGCGGUGUUGCGAAUCGGUCUGACAAAGAGUUGUCGAGCGUGUCAUCCAUGUUUUGUGCGAUGAGGCCGCUGCAUCUGGCCGACCCUAACGCCUCUCUCUCGCAAUCCCUCCCGCUAACGGCACGAGUACCGAGUCUACUGUUGCACGACACUCGCAGUGAGCACGCCCUCGGGGCCGUCGUCACUAAUGGGGCCCAACGCCUCUCCAUGCCACUGAAAAGUACCAAUGCGGUUGCGCUCAAUGGCAAGGCACCUCCGACGGGCACCACUGAAAGCCGUCGCGCCCGUCUACCUUCGACUGUGUUGAGUAAUGCCACUCAAGAUGGUGCGCAGGCUCUCACCACGUUAAGCGGCAACAACACUAAAUCCUCUGAACCAUACUCGAGGGAGGCGUCUGAAGCUGCAGCGUCAAGUUCAAUAUCUCCGCCGCCUAUCUUGAGCACGAUCAGUUGGGCUCAGCCGAUAUGCGCGACCACGCUCAGUGACGAGCUUCAAAAUCCGCUACGUCAGCUUCACUGCAGAGUCUGCAUCCACACGGAUACAAACGGGAUCGAUGACGCUCCAACAACCCGGGUGCCGUGGCCGCUGCAGAAUCCACCCUCGAGCAUCAUUGUCAAGCGCCGUCUCUUCGAUCCGAAGCUCCCGCGUCCUCGUGGCCCCCGCGCACGUGGGCUGCUGAACGGAAAGCGACAAGCUGACUGGACACCUCCGGAGACACACUACGCGACCACGCUAGCAGACAUGGCAGCGUUCGAGGAGGACGAAGAUGGCAUACAGCAGUGUCACCUCACGGGCACCCUGUGGGACGACGAAGUCAUUGGCAUGGAUGCGCCAGUCUCUCGGCUACCCGAGAUGCGAGGCGGCCAAUUGUCGUCGUGCUCGACGCCGGUCCUGCGAAGAGGCACAUUGGGUGUCAUGCUGCGAACUCGAUCUCCUGUAUCGCCGCCAAGGGUGCCGCUAGUGCCGUCAUUGGCACCAAUGACGCUCUCUACCUCACUCAGGGCACCCGCCGUCUUGGAGGAAAAUGUGACUAUACAAGGCAGCCCGAAGCUCGUCAGCUGUGCUCCGCCGACCGCUGCAGCAUCAGGAGAUGCUCCUACAAGUGUCAUGUGGGGCUCGUUCAGCACCUCUGUGAACGCCGGUCGCCGCACCGGUGGCAUAGUUGUGGAUGAGGUGGAGAAGGUGCACCGCCUCCGCGAGGAGUCGGCGAUCACACCGGUGCUUGAGGGGUUGCGAAUCGAGCCAUCCUCACUACUUUCCCACAGCGCAGCGGUACGCCUAUCCUCACAAGUAGCGCCAAGCCACCGCUGCUUAGGGGCAUCGAUUCACCCCAGACACUCCGUUGAUUCAAAAAAGGGGGUGAUGGAGCCGUAG